AUGGAGCCUGCACGCGCUCUUUACAAGGGAGGCAUCGAUUUCAAGGCUCUCGCCUUGCAAUCUCCAGAAUUUGCUAAGCAUUUGAGCUCCAGCCAGCAGUUGGAUUUUAAUGACCCAGAGGCUGUCAGGCAGUUGACGAUCACGCUGCUGCGGCUCGAUUUUGGCCUGGAAGUCAAACUACCAGAAGAUCGACUAUGCCCACCAGUACCUAACAGGUUGAACUAUAUUCUCUGGGUACAGGACCUCCUGGACUCCACAACAGGGAAGAUCAGUACACGAUAUGACCCAGAGAGAAAAGUAUUGGGACUUGAUAUUGGUACUGGAUGCUGUAGCAUCUAUCCUCUUCUAGGCUGCAAGGCCAGACCCCAUUGGGCAUUCCUAGCGACAGAUAUUGACGAGAAUAACAUUCGCACGUCCAAAGAGAAUGUGGCUCUCAACCAACUUCAGUCAAGGAUUCGCAUCAUUCAAACUGAUCCUCAAGAUAGCUUAUUCCCACUCGACAAGCUGCAAACGUCCAGGCUCGAUUUUACUAUGUGCAAUCCGCCUUUCUACAAGUCGCGAGACGAGAUGAUUGAAUCUGCGGAAAUCAAGGCGAAUGCUCCAUCCUCAAUUUGCACUGGAGAUCCGGUGGAGAUGAUUACUCCUGGCGGCGAGGUUGCCUUUGUCACUCGCAUGAUUGAUGAAAGCCUCCAACUGCGUGAUCGUAUCCAGUGGUACACCUCUAUGCUUGGAAGCCUGAGCAGCCUGAACCCUCUAAUUGAGACUCUCCAAAAGCAUGGGAAUCAUAACUAUGCUGUGAAGGAGUUUGUACAAGGCAAUAAGACUAAACGCUGGGCAAUUGCUUGGUCGUGGACAGAUAUGCGACCUGCAAUGACUGCUGCCAGAGGCAUUCCAAAAUUUGCUCCAAAACAGCUUCCUUUCCCAGCGGAUCUUACAUUCACGCUCCCGAUGGCGAUCUCUAUUGAUGCCGCUAGCGCGGGUUUGAAUGCCGAGUUGUCUGAACUUCCAUGGUACUGGCUAUGGGACCAGCGAUUGAGCGCUGGUGUGGGCUAUACCUCUGAGAAUGUUUGGUCCCGGCAAGCACGCCGGAAGGCCAAGCUUGCUGGAGAGGAUGGCUCCGCAAGCAGGUUGCCCACGGUUCCUGAGAAAGUGGCAUUGGGCGUUCGCAUCAAACUGACAUUGGCCCGUGGUAACAAGCACACAGAACAGCAGGUGCAGGUUCUAAUCAGUUGGGUCCAGGGAGCAGACAGCGUUCUCUUCGAAAGCUUCUGCGGAAUGGUCAAACGGAAGCUUGGGGAGAGAUAA